AUGGAAUUAACAGAUUUUCAUAAUAACUAUGAUAGUAUGGGAUAUGAAAAUGAAGUUACAAAAAAAAUUGUUUGGAAAAUAUUAAAUAAUAUGAACGAUCAAAAUGAUCUAACAUUAGAAAGGAUACAGCAAACCAGGAAUAAAAUUGUGAAGUAUUUUUCCGAAGCAGAGUUGCUAUUUAAAUAUUAUGACGUAGGAAGGUUAGGAGAAGUCGAUAUAAAUUUAUUUCCAAAAAUGGCUAGAACAUUAAAACAAAUAUAUGAUUGGAAUGAUGUUAAAAAAUUUGAAAAGGAAAUGAAAAUAAAAAAGAUAAAUAAAAUGACAUUACCAAUUUUUUUAACAUUAUUAAAAAGGAAACUAUUUCAAGUUAUUGAUUUUGAAGAAACAUUUCAAAAACAUUUUAAUAUACUUGAUAUGGAAAAAAAAAAAAAAAUAAAUAUUGAAAAAUUAAAAAAUUUUGUUGGAUCUAUUGGAGAUAAAAUAAGUUCAGAAAAUUUUGAUUUUUUUAUAAAAUAUAAUAUGGAAAAUAAUGAUAAAAUUGUAAAAGACAAUAUUAUUUUUAAUCAAAAUAACAAUCCUACAGAUAUCCCUUUUGAUGUAUAUAAAGAAGUAUUAACUUUUUAUAAAUCUUUUUAA